AAAACUCUUCGGCAGAUCUUCGCAGAUCUUCGCGGCGCGCGUUGUUUCACACCGCGCCAUGUUGCGCUUUAAGGCCUCUGGGUUGCAGGCCUUUGCCUCAGCAGUGUUUGAAGCCCUGCGUUUGCCAAAGCAGGAUGCAAACCUGGUGGCCCGCUGCUUAGUGGAGGCUGAUUUGAGAGGCCAAUCUGGGCAUGGCAUACAGCGCCUGCCAAUGUAUGCACGGCGCCUGCGCGCUGGCGUCGUGAAUCCGACACCCAUGGUGCAGCUGGAGCAAAGCUUUCCGUCUGCCUGUCGGGUCAACGGCGAUGAUGGCAUGGGCUUUGUGGUGGCCACCCAGGCCACGAAGGAGGCCAUCCGAAUCGCCCAAGAUCAAGGUUUGGGAUUGGCGGGCGUCCGCCGCUCCACCCACUUUGGUUGCUCCGCGCAUUACGUUCUGCAGGCCUUGGAACAUGACAUGCUGAGCCUGGUCUUCACCAACUCAUCUCCAGCACUGCCACCCUUUGGAGGGGCCCGCGCUUUGUUGGGCGCCAGCCCUUUUGCUGCUGGCGCGCCGGCCAACUUGGCUCAUCCGCUGGUCCUAGACAUGUCCACUACGGUGAUCGCCCGGGGAAAGCUGCGCUUGAUGGCACAGCGUGGAGAGCCCAUCCCGCCCGAGGUGGGUUUGGACCAGCAAGGCCGGCCCACACGAGAUGGCAUGGAGGCCUUCCACGGCGUCACCCUGCCCUUUGGCGGCGCCAAGGGCGCCGCCAUCGCCCUGCUGAUGGACCUCCUGAGCGGCCUCUUCACUGGGGCGGCCUUUGGGGGUCGAGUCCGUUCGCUCUACAAUGAUGUGGCCGGUGUGCAGGAUGUGGGCCAUUUCAUCUUGUGCAUGCGCCCAGACCUCUUCUUAGAAUCUACGGAGGCACUUAAGGAGCGCAUGGAUGAGCUGGUCGCCAUCCUGAAGAGCCAACCCUGCGCUGAGGGCGUCACGGAGGUCCUGAUGCCCGGAGAGCCCGAGAGCCGCUGCGCGGCGGAGCGCGAGCGGACGGGCGUACCGCUGCAGGCGGAUGUAGUGACCUCACUGUGUGCUGAAGCGGAGCAGAUGGGCUUGGAGUUUCCAAGUCCCGCCUGAGACGGCCAGGAACCAGGGCUCCACUACGGCACCCACCCUGAGCGAGGAAAAGAGUUGAGAUCCACAGGGACGGGGGUGGGCUUUUCUGCUGGGUUCGUCCUUUGGCCCGCAUUGAUCAACGCGUU